AUGUCGUUCGCCGCCUUUGCCAAGUCGCUUCCUCCGUCCCUGAGCCUCGUGGGGCGCACCGCGCUCGUCACCGGCUCCUCCUCGGGCAUCGGCAGACAGACCGCCCUCCACCUCGCACGCGCCGGUGCCAACGUCCUCUGCACCGACCUCCGCCCCGAGCCGCUGGGCUCCACGGACACGGCCAAAUCGUCCCGCACCGUCCCCACGCACGAGCUGAUCCAAACUCUCGGUGGCACGGCCGAAUUUCAGCAGCUCAACGUCACCUCCGAGUCCGAAUUCGAGGCCGCUAUUGCCAAAAGCGUCAGCUUCGGCGGCGGAAGACUCGACAUCCUCGUCAACAAUGCCGGUAUCACAAAGUUCUCCGGCGGGAUUGAGAACGAGCCCAUCGAGACGCUCGACAAGAUGAUGGAGAUCAACAUCAAGGGAGUCUGGCUCGGCACCAAGCACGCUAUCCGCCAAAUGAUGAAGCAGGAUCCGAUUGCCUUUCCCGCCGACCUUGAAGAGGACCUAGACGACUUUUCCGAUGUACCACCCAGCGUUCCACUUCGUCCAUCCUACUUCGAACAGGCUGGAUCGCCGAUUGCCACGGUGGGUCGACGCGAGGGUGAUGUCGGCGCACGUGGAUCGCGCGGGACGAUCAUUCAGAUCGCCUCGGUGCAUGGUCUGAUCGGCGGGCCGUCCGAGCCGGCGUACUGCGCUUCCAAGGGUGCUGUGGUCAACCUGACGCGCCAGGUGGCGACCGACUAUGCACCGCAUCGCAUCAACGUCAAUGCCAUCGCUCCCGGCUACCUGGCAGGCACCGCAAUGGUUGCUGAUAUCAGCCCCGAACUCGCCAAAAUGCGCCCCACCUAUUGGCCACACCAGGGAACUGCCAGAGACGUAGCCAAUGGCGUCUUCAUCCUGCCCAUCGAUGGCGGUACCACCGCACGCUGA